CAUUCCCCGCGCCCGCUCGGCUCGGCUCGGCUCGGCUCGGCUGGGCUCGGCGGCCGUACUCGCGCCAUGGCCGCCUACAGCAAGUACCUCACCGUGCGCCACUCCGCCAUCGCCGGGGCCGCCGUCGCCUGCGCCCUCCUCUGCCUGCUGAACAAGCGGCGGGCGGCAGCCCAGCAGGGUAAAAGAAGUGGAAAACAAGCAUUGCAGAACAAUGAGCAGAAAGAGGGAAAGAAGGAGCGAGCAGUGGUGGACAGAGUGUUUAUUGCAAGAAUAUGUAGAAUCCUGAAAAUAAUGGUUCCUAGAACACUUUGUAAAGAGACAGGUUAUUUGCUGCUUAUUGCUGUGAUGCUUGUAGUCCGCACAUAUUGUGAUAUUUGGAUGAUUCAAAAUGGAACAGUCAUUGAAAGUGCUAUCAUUGGCCGCAGCAGAAAAGAUUUCAAGAAAUACUUGUUCAACUUCAUCGCUGCAAUGCCUGCUAUCUCUUUAGUGAAUAACUUCCUGAAGUAUGGUCUAAAUGAAUUGAAACUUUGCUUCCGAGUAAGACUUACCAGAUACCUCUAUGAGGAGUACCUUAAAGCUUAUACGUACUACAAAAUGGGAAAUCUGGACAACAGAAUAGCUAAUCCAGAUCAACUCCUUACACAGGAUGUGGAAAAAUUCUGUAACAGUGUAGUGGACCUGUACUCGAACCUUAGCAAGCCCUUCUUGGACAUAGUUUUGUAUAUCUUCAAGCUAACAAGUGCAAUAGGAGCUCAGGGUCCAGCUAGCAUGAUGGCAUACUUGAUUAUUUCGGGGUUUUUCCUCACACGUUUAAGGAGACCAAUUGGCAAGAUGACUAUUAUAGAACAAAAAUAUGAAGGGGAGUACAGAUACGUCAACUCACGGCUUAUUACAAACAGUGAAGAAAUUGCUUUUUAUAAUGGAAACUUGAGAGAAAAACAGACUAUUCACAAAACCUUCCGUAAACUGGUGGAACACUUGCAUAAUUUCAUCCUGUUCCGGUUCUCUAUGGGUUUCAUUGAUACCAUCAUUGCCAAAUACCUUGCCACUGUGGUUGGUUACCUGGUUGUUAGUCGUCCAUUUUUGAACCUGGCUGAUCCUCGUCAUCAGAACAGUACUCAUGCAGAACUUUUGGAGGAUUACUACCAAAGUGGAAGAAUGUUACUGAGAAUGUCUCAAGCUUUGGGCAGAAUAGUCCUAGCAGGCCGUGAAAUGACGAGAUUGGCUGGUUUCACAGCUCGAAUUACAGAAUUAAUGCAGGUUCUGAAGGACUUGAAUAGUGGCAAAUAUCAGCGUACUAUGAUAUCCCAAGAAAAAGAUGCGGAUAAAAAGCAAGCUUUGCCUUUGAUACCUGGAUCUGGGGAAAUUAUCAACACCGAUAACCUUAUCAAGUUUGAUCAUGUUCCGUUGGUGACACCUAAUGGAGAUGUUUUAAUUCAAGACCUUAACUUUGAGGUUCGAUCAGGUGCAAAUGUUCUGAUUUGUGGGCCAAAUGGGUGUGGGAAGAGCUCACUUUUUCGUGUUCUUGGUGAGUUGUGGCCUUUGUUUGGUGGGCGUUUAACAAAACCUGUAAGAGGAAAGUUAUUCUAUGUUCCCCAGAGACCAUAUAUGACUCUUGGAACGCUCAGAGAUCAAGUUAUAUAUCCAGAUACUUUAGAAGAUCAGAGAAAGAAAGGGAUUUCUGACCAGGUGCUGAAGGAAUACUUGGAUAAUGUUCAGCUGGGUCAAAUCUUGGAACGUGAAGGAGGCUGGGAUAGUGUUCAAGACUGGAUGGAUGUACUCAGCGGGGGAGAAAAACAGAGAAUGGCAAUGGCAAGGUUAUUCUAUCAUAAGCCUCAGUUUGCAAUUCUGGAUGAGUGCACUAGUGCAGUUAGCGUUGAUGUGGAAGGCUACAUUUACAGCCACUGCCGAAAGGUUGGCAUCACUCUCUUCACCGUCUCCCACAGAAAGUCACUCUGGAAACAUCAUGAUUUUUACUUGCAUAUGGAUGGCAGAGGAAACUAUGAUUUCAAGAAAAUAACUGAAGACACAGUUGAAUUUGGAUCUUAAUGUCAUGAACUGAACUGCUACAGAGACUGAUGAUUACAGGAAGUGUGUAGAAUGGCAGACAUUGUACACUAAAACUACUCAGCUUGUUUUUUAAACCAAUUAACUAGGAUAACCCAAAACAAGCUGUUAAGCGUUUACUAUUAUGUAGGAUAUUGCUAAUUGUGUAUAUGUUGGUUUAAUUAUUGAUAUGUACUAAGAAUGUCCUUAUUCUUGUGGUUUAAAAACCUGCCUAAAUUAAAUUGGGCUUAAAUCAGUGUAACCUGAUUCAUCUUGGGAUGCAAACCAUUUGAAAUCAGCUGAUUUGACUUUUGUAGACCUUCUUUCCCUUUAGUGAAAAGCCCUAUUAAAAUUAGGGUUGCUACCUCUCUUGUUCCUGCAAAGCAGUCUUGGAUUUUUGCUCUGUUCUAUGCAUAUUUCUGAGUUAUGUCACACGGUGCAGGACAUUCUUCCAUCUUCAGAUCUGUGCCCUGUCAAAAGAAAGAGCCUUUUCCUUGACCAGGCCUUGUGAUGUAGCCAGUAUGCCCUUGCUCAUAAAGUAUGGACUGAACUUGAAAGACAGAACUAAUUCCUUCUGCUGAAAAGAUUAAGCUUGUUCUUUGCUGGGUUUUGGAUUCUCUUUAACAUCUGUCUGUCCAUGCAAUUCUCUCUGCUGCUCAGCAAUCCCAUUCUUUUCCAGUUUAGCAAGAACUUCAUCCAUCCCCCACUCCAGCUGCUCUUUUACUGUCAGAGAAAUACUAUAGUGAUGAAGAGUUGAGAGGAGGUUGAGGGAGGAAAGGACUGACCAAAAAAACCCAAAAGGGACAAGACAAGUGAUGUUCCUUGUAUCAGUCAGUCUUGUUGCAUAUGUUCAGUUCUGAAGAAAUGAACUCCCAUAAGUAGAAAGAGAGAAAAGAAUGUGAGUCCAGGCAUUCUUCUUUUGAAAUCAGAAGGGGUUAGAAUGGACUCAGAAAUGUUAAUCUGUGAAAUAGCAAACUGUUGUUGGUCCUGUGUGUGUUCAGUUCUGUAACUUUUGUUGCUUUUUCCAAGUUCCUCCUUUUCUCCCUCUUCAAAAAAUCAAAUUCUCCUCAUUGCUUUACCUGCCCUUCAGAUCUGAGUUUUAAAGUGAUAAUGGUACUUCCUGUUUGGUAUUCUAGGCUGUGAAGCCUAAAAUGAUGCUUUCAGUCUUCAUAUUUAUUCUCUUAUUUGUCAUGAGGUUUCUUGAUUUCUGAUAAAGAUUAUUCUGUUGUCUAAGGGUCUCUAGCCGUGCUGGUUUUCUUGUUCCAGCUGCCAAAUCCCCUUGCAGAAACCAAACUCUUUAAAUAGUUGACUGUAACCGUUUUUUCCAUACAAAUGAUUACUGUGGUUGCUGUGUGACUUUGACAGACAUAAGUGCAGCAAGGUGAUUGUUGUGAUCAGGGAAUAGGAAGGUAUAAUUCAAACUGAAUCGUUGUUUAGACUUUAAAACAAAAAUUUACAAUACCUGUUGUACAGUGAAGGUCUAGUAGUUUUUUGGUGUUCCAUAUAAGAUACAGUUUAGGAAUGCACUACAUGAAGGCACGCAUAUAAUAUGCAAUAAAUCGGUUCUGUGCAUCUUUUAUCAAGGGUUUAGAUUAAAAACAGAACCAACUUUUUCUAAAAUGGGUAUGUACUUGGAUGCACUGCUGUCUGAUAAUUUUUACCCAAUUUGAUUAGCAUCAUCUUUCACGUUGAAAUUGCUACCUGUUAAUAUUUUUCCUUUUAUCAUAGUUCUUGUCCAUACCUGAUAGUACUACUAUUCUUUCAUAGUACUCAAAGGCAAACAGGUAUCCUGAUAUAAGAAUCUAGUCACCACGAUAGAUUCAUAGUAUAAUGCAUCAAUGAAAAUCAAAAAAACCUCUCUGAAGUGUAGUGUAUUCAAAAGAAUAAGGUACCAGAAUAGAUUUUUGUGCUUUGUCCACAAGAAGGCAAAUAGAUAUCUCAUUUUACUAAUAUUUUUUUUUCUGUUCAUUCAGAUUCUCACAUCAGCUCUAAUGUAGCAGGUAGCAGCAUGCUGUAUGUGAGGUGGUAGUCUCUUUUUAAUGGUAACCAUGAAAGUGGGGAUGCCAGAUAGUUUGUUGUGGGUUUGUUUUUGGUUUUGUUUUUUGUUAAAGUUGUCAGCACAAAUGCGACUUCUGAUCUUGGAAGGGAUGUUUUAGUAGCAUUUUAGAGAGACAAAAAAAAAAAAAAUCUCUAAACCAAGAAAGUUGCUAUUAUCCUUGUGACUAGGGCGGACUUUGGAGUGGAGUAGUGAACCUGGCAUACUUUAAUGUACUUUAAACACUGACAAGCAAAACCACACACAGCAAACUUAUGUAGCAGCCCAGCAGCCAAUCCCAAGGUACUGUACAAUUCAAUUGGUUAAUGACAGAAUUUUGUAUAAUCUCAGAUUUAUUUUAAAAACUAAAAAAAAAACCUAAGAAAUUAAAAAUCCAGCUCCAUAGCCAAGGAGAAAUACGUUUGCCUUUAGAUGCCAUGAAGUUCACUGAAACUGCGGAUGCUGGUAUCUUCUUAGGGCCAGGACUUAGUGUUUCUAAAUAUGCUGUAAGGAAAGAAAAAUAUUCUUUGGCGCUUGAUUGUAAGAGAGGCUUUUAAAGAAAGUAUAAAGAAGAAUGAUGUUUUAGAAUGGUAUUCUUAAAAGGCCUUACAUUGAAGUAUUUUGAGAUAGGCUUGGUCUAAUGAAAGAUUGUAAAAAAAAAAUCUAAUGAAAACGAUCCCAGUCUCAGUUCUGUUGCAGAAUUGCACUGUGAUACUGUAUUUUAGCUGUUAGGUCUUUUUAAUAGCACAAGUUGGAAGUGUGUAAAUUGCAAUUCUGAACUAUCUUAGUAAGACAAAAUACUGAUGAAUAUUUCCAGUGUCAAACUGUUGGUGCUUUGAAGAUGGUACUGGUAAUAGUCAGAUGGCUGCAUUUCGACAGUGGUGGGAAACGUUCCUGUAUGUAAAUACUGUAAAGUGCUUUGGAGGGGGAAGUGGCGCUAUAUAAAUGUAAGACAUUAAGUGCCUCUGAAAUAAUAAUAAAUCUAAAUAUAAAAUAA